GGAUCCUUUUUGGAAAUUAAUAUUAAAAAAGAAAAAAAAAGAAAAGAAAAGGCAGAGGGGAAGGUGGGAGCAAGAGAGAAGGCAAAGACACACACAGAGAGAGCGAAAGACACAGAUCCCCACAGUGAGAGAAAGAAAGGCCACAGUCGCAGGCAGCCGAUGUGAAGACUGGACUCUGUGCGCCCCUCGCCGCCUCUGCCCGGCCACAUCGAUGUUGCAGCCCGCUCGCCCGCAUCACGAUGAACGCACAGCUGACCAUGGAGGCGAUCGGCGAGCUGCACGGGGUGAGCCAUGAGCCGGUGCCCGCCCCUGCUGACCUGCUGGGCGGGAGCCCUCACGCGCGCAGCUCCGUGGGGCACCGCGGCAGCCACCUGCCUCCCGCGCACCCGCGUUCCAUGGGCAUGGCGUCGCUGCUGGACGGCGGCAGCGGAGGCAGCGAUUACCACCACCACCACCGCGCCCCUGAGCACAGCUUGGCUGGCCCCCUGCACCCCACCAUGACCAUGGCCUGUGAAACUCCCCCAGGUAUGAGCAUGCCCACCACCUACACUACCUUAACCCCUCUGCAGCCGCUGCCGCCCAUCUCCACCGUGUCCGACAAGUUCCCUCACCACCAUCACCACCACCAUCACCACCACCACCCACAUCACCACCAGCGCCUGGCGGGCAACGUGAGCGGUAGUUUCACACUUAUGCGGGAUGAGCGCGGGCUGGCCUCCAUGAAUAACCUCUAUACCCCCUACCACAAGGACGUGGCUGGCAUGGGCCAGAGCCUCUCGCCCCUCUCUGGCUCGGGUCUGGGCAGCAUUCACAACUCCCAGCAAGGACUUCCCCACUAUGCUCAUCCCGGCGCGGCUAUGCCCACCGACAAGAUGCUCACCCCAAAUGGCUUUGAAGCCCACCACCCUGCCAUGCUCGGUCGCCACGGGGAGCAGCACCUCACGCCCACCUCGGCCGGCAUGGUACCCAUCAACGGCCUUCCUCCACACCAUCCCCAUGCCCACCUGAAUGCCCAGGGCCACGGACAGCUCCUGGGCACAGCCCGGGAGCCCAACCCUUCGGUGACCGGCGCGCAGGUCAGCAAUGGAAGUAAUUCAGGGCAGAUGGAAGAGAUCAAUACCAAAGAGGUGGCGCAGCGUAUCACCACCGAGCUCAAACGUUACAGCAUCCCACAGGCCAUCUUCGCGCAGAGGGUGCUCUGCCGUUCCCAGGGGACCCUUUCGGACCUGCUGCGAAACCCCAAGCCCUGGAGCAAACUCAAGUCCGGUCGGGAGACUUUCCGGAGGAUGUGGAAGUGGCUGCAGGAGCCGGAGUUCCAGCGCAUGUCGGCGCUCCGCUUAGCAGCCUGCAAAAGGAAAGAGCAAGAACACGGGAAGGACAGAGGCAACACCCCCAAAAAGCCCAGGCUGGUCUUCACAGACGUCCAACGUCGGACUCUACAUGCAAUAUUCAAGGAAAAUAAGCGUCCGUCCAAAGAAUUACAAAUCACCAUUUCCCAGCAGCUGGGGUUGGAGCUGAGCACUGUCAGCAACUUCUUCAUGAAUGCGAGACGGAGGAGUCUGGACAAAUGGCAGGACGAGGGCAGCUCCAAUUCAGGCAACUCCUCGUCUUCAUCAAGCACUUGUACCAAAGCAUGAAGGAAGAACCACAGACUAGAACCUCGGUGGAAAAGCUUUAAAUUAAAUUAAAAAAAAGUUUUUAAAGACCAGGACCUCAAGAUAGCAGGUUUAUACUUAGAAAUAUUUGAAGGAAAACAAGUGGUAUUUAUAGUCCAAAGAAACCAAAGACUAAAAAGCUCACCUGCGUUCUGACUUUGUUCAGAGACACAUACUUCAGCGGGGCAAGACUCGGCAAGAAAGAUGAUGGAGAAAACGUCGGAUCUCGCGCCUUCAACCCCUGCACCUCACUGUGCCCGGCUGCUCGGUGGCUCUAAGCACAGUAAUGUUUGAGCCAUCGAGUGGACAUCUUUUAAGAUCAGACGUUCGUAUCUGUUCCACCACACCGCAAAGGUGUGUAGCGUCUCAAUAUCACGUGUGAGUAUGUGUGUGCGUGCGUACACACGUAAACACACAGCAACACCAGUGGUUAGGGACUCAGGCACGGCUGGUCUUCAGGAAGGGUUGCACCGUACGACAUGACCAAGCUGGUGUGGGAUUUCUAAGUUCAUUGGAUCUGAGAUGUGAGUUCUCUCAUCUAAGCCUAGCGUUUGAACCUGCCAGGCCCACAACCUAAAUGCAGAUUCAAACCCAGCAAAGAAAAUUUGAAUGGCACCUAAACCAGUACGCUCUCUUUGUUUGUUAAGAAAUGUUCAGAUAUUUUUUAAAAGAAAAAAUGAAACAAGAGUCCAUCCAUUAAAAAAAAAA